AGCGAGCUUUGAGGUUGUGCGCCCAGGCCAUGGCGCUGGCGCUGUCGUCGGCUCCCACAUUUUGCCACCGCGUGCUGGCGCUCAGGAGCGGGCAUGCGAGGCGCGGCAUCGGCCAGGUAGCGAUCGAUUCUCGCUCUUCCCGGAAGCGAUCGGCGCCAAUUGUAGCAGCGGUGCAAAUCGGCGGCGUCACGCUCACUCGCGAAGAGGUUGUGAGGCAGGACGAUCCCACAAACAAUGUGCCCGACUCGGUUUUUUCAAAGAUUGGACUCCAGCUCCAUAGAAGGCCCGAUCAUCCUCUGGGGAUCCUGAAGAACGAAAUCUACAGCUUCUUCGACGAGAAAUUCCCUGCCGGGCUGUUUCGGAAAUUCGAUGACUUGAGUCCAGUGGUUUCCGUCAAAUCUAACUUUGAUGAUGUUCUAGUGCCUCCCGAUCACAUAAGCAGAAGCUACAACGAUACAUACUAUGUCGAUGGAAAUACAGUUUUGCGGUGUCAUACGAGUGCGCACCAAGCGCAAAUGCUUCGAGAUGGCCUCACGCACUUCCUCGUCACCGGAGAUGUAUACAGAAGAGAUGCUAUCGACGCGACACACUAUCCAGUUUUCCACCAGAUGGAAGGCUUUCGUGUUUUUAGUGAGUCGGAAUGGAAAGACACGGGUUUGGAUGGUACAGAUUUAGCUGUAAAGGAUCUGAAAGAAACUCUCGAGGGUCUUGCCAAACGACUCUUUGGGAACGUAGAGAUGCGAUGGAUAGACACGUACUUCCCAUUCACCAAUCCGUCUUUUGAGCUGGAAAUAUUCUUCAAGGAAAAAUGGCUCGAGGUUCUAGGCUGCGGAGUCACCGAGCAAGAAAUCUUGAAAAGCAAUGGACAAAGUGGUAAAGUUGCGUGGGCAUUUGGUCUGGGCCUCGAGCGCCUCGCCAUGGUUCUCUUUGAUAUACCGGACAUCCGACUCUUUUGGACGUCAGAUCCUCGCUUCACUGCUCAAUUCAAAGCCGGGCAACUUGGAACGAAGUUUAAGCCUUUUUCAAAGUAUCCUCCCUGUUACAAGGACAUAAGCUUCUGGAUUACCGAUGCUUUCACGGAGAACAACCUGUGCGAGCUCGUCAGAGAUGUCGCUGGUGACAUUGCCGAAGAAGUGAGCCUCAUCGACCAGUUUACAAACAAGAAGGGGAUUUCCAGCCACUGCUACCGAAUAACUUACCGAUCCAUGGAGCGCUCUCUGACGGAUGAGGAAGUAAAUGCCAUUCAGGACAAAGUGAGGGAGGAAGUCGCAAAGCAGCUGCAAGUUACGCUGAGAUAAUUGUAAGUAAUGGAGUAGUUUCUUUCCAGGUAAUAAUUUUUGUCAAGCUAGUGUCUUUUCAUCUUUCCACAGCUUUUGGAAAUGAAUCAAGCUGACCAAAAUUUAUACA